UAGCCAAAAAUAUUUUUACGAUCUCCGCGCUGUGAACCUUCUCUAUGAUAAACGUUCUCUGUCUAUGAUAUACGUUCUCUGAAGCAUGUUUGCUUUGCCACAGAGACGACACAUACAACCUUUUGAUGACAGAGUUUGAAAUCAGCCUUAAUAGCAGGAUUCUGUAACAAGUCUCUAGUCUCUAUUUGAGACAUUUUGAGGUAAAAUCUCAAUUUGUGACUAGUUGCUAUUCACUAAACAGUCUCUAGCGUUAGUCUCAAAAUAUUAAGACCUGGUAGUUAGCAGGUCACAAAACAAAAAAUAAUUCUUGUCUGCCAUUUUGAAUAUACUGAAUAGAGAUCAUCAUAGAUAUUAAUCGAUUGUCGUUUUUUUAUAUUUUGUGACCAAUUCAAACACGAAAAGGUAAAAAAUAAAUAAAUUUUCCAUAAAUUUCGUAAAUAUUAUGAAACAAAGUCAACAUAUAUUUUUAAUUUUAUUGAUAACUAGCUGACCCCGCAGCCGUUGUCCUGCGUGAAAUUAUAUACAUAUGUAGUUUGAAAUGAAAAGAAAGUUAAAUUUAUCAUUUAUCAUAAACAACAUUUUUUGGCUUCUGUUUCGGUGCGUAAAUGUACAGAGAAGAUGGUUUUCCAACUCGUGUGCACGCCACGUAUUUUUGGCCGUGUGAAAAACAUGGCAUUUCCAAAUUUAUGCCACACUCACUGAAAACGGAAUACGUUUGAACUGAAACGGCAAAUCGUUAGAACUCAAAAGAAAUCCGUAGAAUAAAGCAUUCUGCUCCUUAUAUUUUAUAGGUGCGUCACAAUUAGAUUGUGAAAUAUCAUAACGACAGAUACAACUUUGAGACGCAAAUGAUGCGGUGGCAUACCAAGCCUCUCCAAAGAAUUUAGAAAUUCCACUGGAUAAUUCACGGUGUCGUCUUCAUUGUCAAGACGAUCGAUCGAUUUGUAUGACCGCAAGUCUCCUGGAAUUUGACUUUGAAUCUUCUAGUUUAAGUCAACAACAUCGGUAUUUGUGCCAGCUAACAUUGCGCGUGCACUCAAGGAAUCGUACUUACGAUAACUUGGUCAAUGUUCAUAUCAACAUUCGUGAUGAGUCCAUCUUUCGUGAAUUGAUAAACGGCAUAUGGAAUUGAUAUCAAACCACGGGAAGUAUCAACCGGUAUUGACCCGUUUCCUAUUCUUACCGUAUACGAUGUAAAAUCUCUUCGGCAAUGCAAUUUUUGGUCGUAUCCUAUAAUUGACGCGGAUUUUUAGGCUGAUCAUCGCGAAAAGUGUGCGAACUUCAGUAGCAUUCGAAGUAGCUAUUGCAUCGUCCAUCGUUUGAUUCCAGUGAUUAUCAUGUUCUAGCAAUUGUAAUUGCUGGCACGAUUUUCAAAAAAUUGCACAGACCGUACCAUUCACAGUAUGCAAUGACUCAAAUGAAUUUGAACCGCGUACAUUAAUCAAUAGCAAUCGAAGGAAGAAGCAAUCGUCGUUUUUCGGGUGGAUUGUGUAAAAUUCGUCCUAAUGCAUUAGUUGUGGCUAAAUGAGCAUCUGACCCCCCUCUUAAUAUAAUAACACAUACACCCCACAAUACACACCUUACUCAACACAUCAUCUUCUCACCGCAUACACACCAUACUCAACUCAUCAUCUUCUCACCGCAUACACACCAUACUCAACUCAUCAUCUUCUCAUCGCACACACACCAACUCCACACAUCAUCCUCUCAUCGCACACACACCAACUCCACACGUCAUCAUUUCAUCCCACACACACCAACGCAUCACGAAUUCAACACACAUGAGGACACCGCACAAAAAAUAACAAAAGGGACCGACGGACUAGGCACCAGGCUUUUUCUCAUACGAUCCGCGCGCAUAUACGCAUCAUUUUGUUUGCACCUUCUUUUUCGUCGCUAGUCAACGGAUUACCAUGGAUAUAGAUACGCCAGCCGCAACCACGUCAACCGCUCGCGCGGCUACGAAUGUGCCACGCAACGGGCCUACCCCAGCGCCCCGGACGAUAGCUGCGACAGCAUCGGCCGCUGCACCGGCCACCGCACCAGCAACAACGCCGGCACCUGUACCGGCAAUCGCGCCUGCAGCGGUCCUACCCUCCGCACCUCGUGGUGGCACGCGACCACCACCAAUCCCAUCACAGAUUACGGAGCCCCGUCGGAUAAGGUGUCCCAUCUGUCGACGCCCUCAUCGUCUCCACCAUUGUGGAAUAUUUAGGGGUAUGCGGCCUUUGCAACGGCAGCAAGUUGCUCAGGCCCACGGGCAUUGCAUCAACUGCCUGUCGCACACUCAUGCAACUACCGAGUGUGAGUCACGUGGGUUGUGCCAAAUGUGCCACCGGCCGCACCACACGCUGCUACACCGCAGCUCGUCACGCGAGGUGAAUCGGCCACCCAUCCAUCGCGGCCGCACACCCCGAUUCCAACCGUCAGCUCGUGCCGCACCCCAGCGGAGCGGAACAUCACUGCGGCGUCGACAGCCGGGGUCACCAUCUCGUCGUCCUACGGGGCUGAGCAGCGUUGUGGCAACGCAGCAACAGCUGCAACGCCUUUGA